AUGAAGUCCAUGAACAAUAAUAACUGGUUGGGUUUUUCUCUCUCCCCCCACAUGAGCAUGGAGGUGUCUGGUGACCCACACCAACAACCAAGUAGUCAGAAUCAUCAUCACCAAUCUCAGCCCACACCUGCUGCUGUCUCUUCUAGCAGCUUCUUCCCCUCCCCUUCUCACUUGAACAGCUCAGAUAUUUGUUAUGGGGUUGGAGAGAAUGGGGGAUUCUAUUCUCAGCUAUCUUCCAUGCCACUCAGGUCUGAUGGCUCCCUUUGCAUCAUGGAAGCACUUAGCAGGUCACAACAAGAAGGAAUGGUGCCAUCUCCAUCCCCGAAACUGGAAGACUUCUUAGGCUGUGGUCCAAACAUGGGGACCCAUCAGUAUGGGAACAGUGACAGAGGAGCAAUGGCUUUAAGCUUAGAUAGCAUGUACUACCGCCAAAACCCAGAGCCUGAGGGCAACAGAGGUCAUCCUCUAGACCUCCUCCAACAGCCAUUUAAGCAGCACAUUCAUGUGCAACAGCAACAGCAGCAGCAGCAGCAGCAGCAGCCUUCUCCUUACUUCCAGCCAUUGCAGGAAGGCAUGUGCUCUCUGCUCCCAGGCCAUGAGAUGUAUCAACCACCAUUGGAAGAAGAAACCAUGACUGUUGAUGGGAUUCCAGGCUUGAAGAGCUGGGUCUCCAGUAGCUUCAGUGGUGGCAACAAUGGGCUGGGUGGGGAAGGGGGUGUGGGAUCUGGCGGACCUCUUGGUGCAAUGGGUUAUAGUGACUUGCAGUCUUUAAGCUUGUCCAUGAGCCCUGGUUCUCAGUCCAGUUGUGUUACAGCUCCCCAGAAUAUCUCUCCUGCUGCAACAAACUACUACAUGGCUUUAGAUGGAAGUAAAAAGAGAGGGACUGGGAAAGGGGGGCAAAAGCAACCUGUUCAUAGGAAAUCUAUUGAUACAUUUGGACAAAGAACAUCUCAGUAUAGAGGCGUCACAAGGCAUAGGUGGACUGGUAGAUAUGAAGCCCAUCUUUGGGACAAUAGUUGCAAGAAGGAAGGCCAAACAAGGAAAGGAAGACAAGUUUACUUGGGGGGGUAUGACACCGAAGAGAAAGCUGCAAGAGCCUAUGACUUGGCAGCACUCAAAUACUGGGGACCUUCCACACAUAUCAACUUCCCGUUGGAAGAUUAUCAAGAAGAGCUCGAAGAAAUGAAGAACAUGAGUCGACAAGAAUAUGUUGCCCACUUGAGAAGAAAAAGUAGUGGAUUCUCACGAGGAGCUUCUAUGUACCGAGGAGUAACGAGGCAUCACCAACAUGGAAGAUGGCAAGCUCGAAUUGGGAGGGUUUCAGGAAACAAAGAUCUUUAUCUUGGAACUUUUAGUACUCAAGAGGAAGCAGCUGAGGCUUAUGACAUUGCUGCAAUUAAAUUCCGAGGGGUGAAUGCCGUCACCAACUUCGACAUAACACGAUAUGAUGUCGAAAAGAUCAUGGCAAGCAGCACUCUGCUGGCUGCCGAGCUUGCCAGGAGGAACAAAGAUGCUGAAGCUCUCAAUGAUGCUCUUUUGGCCCGGAACAGCAACAGAGAGCUUAAUUUAACUGAAGAUAACAGUAGUGGUGGUUCUGAUUGGAAAAUGUCCCUCUAUCAAUCGCCUCAGCAAACAUCACCAAUCUCAGAAGAACAUUGUGAGAAACUGAUACCUGGAGGGGAUGCAUUUAGUAACCCAUGCUACUCCGCAAGCCUUCUUGGUCUUGUUGGCAUGGAUGCAGAGGGUUCAGCCCAAGCGAUUGGUAAUUCUGGGAAUAUGGGAAACGCCCAUCUAUCCAAUGCUUCAUCAAUGGUUACUAGUCCUGAUCGUAGUGGUCUCUCCAUGCUCUUUGCUGGUCCCCCAAGGAAGUUUAUCAAUUCUACUUCAGUGAAUUCAUCAAUUCCAUCGACUCAGCUAAGGUCUACAAUGCCGGUAUUCGCUGCUUGGACUGAUACUUAAACCUCCAUUAUCAUGGUGGCAACAAAGAAACGGGAUGAAGGUGGAAGCAAGCAGUACAAGAAAAGGAAGAAGAUGGUGUUGUUUGUAGUGGAGAUUAGUGGUGCAUGACGUUUUGAGGUCCAGAGAUGGAGCAGGCCUCUGUCCUUUUCCAGUGGUUUAGGUGGUUUUAACUUGGUCUUUUGGGCCACGUGGGGAAGGGUUUUGGCAUGUGGGGCCUAAAGGUUUAAGGCAAUGAUUUCACUUUAUCUGUAUGAAAUGAUGUUGGUAAUUUGG